AUGAACGAAAUGGAAGCUGCAAUGAAGCCGGAUCGAGAAAACGUUGGUCAGAAACAGGCUGGCGUCACUCGUAGCAUAAGUCAGCUGGAAAAAAACGAUGAACCAAGUCUCACCAAUGUGAAGACUCAGCUGAACCAAAUGCUCACUGAGCAAACAGUCCACACUAAGCGAAAAAAGAUGAAACAGGAGAUUCAAAAGCUCGUCUCAAAGAAUGAUCUAGCUCGGUUUAGAGUCAGUUCAGGCUUGUAUCUGCAGAGCAUUUCGUCACGGCCGUGCAAGGAAGAGCCCUCAAAGGAGUCGGGCAGGUACAUUUUACAACCAACCGAGAAGGAUGAACCAUUUCUGGGAUACUGCGAACAGACUGCCUUCAGAGGAGGUUGGUUAGUGUUCCAGUACCAUUACGAUGGAUCGGUUGACUUUUACCGCAACUGGACCGAGUAUCGGAAUGGGUUCGGAAGUGUAGAUGGAGAGUUUUGGCUCGGGUUGGAGCAUUUGCAUCGGAUGACAUCGGCCCGACCACACGAGCUGUUGGUGGAGCUGAAGCAUUUUAAUGGCAGCUACAUGUAUGCUCGGUAUAAUGAGUUCAAGAUAGGCAGUGAGUUGGAACCAUAUCUUCUUAAAGUAGGAUCUUACUCAGGAACGGCAGAUGAUGCAUUAGGCGUACACAAAGGUGAGAAGUUUUCAACGAUGGAUCGGGACAAGGAUAAAAGUGAUGAAAGUUGUGCGAAGGUGUGGAAGGGAGCAUGGUGGUACUACAAAUGUGGUCAUUCCAAUCCAAAUGGAGUGUAUAUGAAUAGUGUUAGCAAAGUAGCCAUACACUGGUCAAAAAGAAACUUCAUAGGUAUGGCAUACACAAGAAUGAUGAUUCGUGAAACUUAA